AUGCCGUCAGAUCGACGCAAAACCAAAUCACCUGGCGUAGCUCAACCUUUCUUGACUCCUGUUCCACCAGGUCUGUUUCAGCUAUCUCCGCAGACGGAGACUGGUCAGCGAUGGCGUGAGGACCCUUGGCUCCGACUUCAGCCAUCAUCUAAGUUUGUUUUUCCAGCAAACCUUAAGGGACCACAACUGUCAACUGAUUGUGUCAAUCCCGCGCAGUGGACGUCUUUAAUUCCAUCGUUUAAUAUCGCGAAAGAUUCGUGUACUCAAACACCGUGGCCCGUCGGUUACCCGUUUACUUUACCACUGGAACCAAAUCACGUUCCAAAUCCGGUUGAACUCAAUGUUUCUACUCCGACCUCUGUUCGUUCAGAGGUGCACACAGAAAUGAAGACCACUGAGAAUAACGAAUUUGACCCGGUUUCUUCCCGAGAAUCUACCGUUCAACCGGCUUCGAACGAGGAUAAACCGGCUCGCAACAAACGAUACCAGUGUUGCCACUGUUCUAAGGGGUUUUCGCGCUCUAGCGACCUUGUAAAACACAAGCGUACUCACACAGGUGAAAAACCUUUCAAUUGUCAGUACUGCGGUCGCGCGUUCGCGGACUCAAGCAGUCUGUCAGCGCAUAGACGUAUCCACACCGGUGAACGUCCGUACAGCUGUCCCGAGUGUGGAAAGCGGUUUUCCGUGUCCAGUAGUUUGGUCAAACAUCGGCGCAUUCACACAGGAGAACGUCCUUACCAAUGUGGUGUGUGUGGUCGCACGUUUUCAGAUAACAGCAGCUUCGGAGCGCACAAAAAACGCAGCCAAAGAUGUGCACCCGAAGUGGCGAACACGCUGUCCCAACCUUUCAACAAUCAAGUCGGAAAUACUGGUGAUCUCAUACCAUCCGUGCCGCCGCCCAGUGUACCCUAA